AUGCUGCUCAGAGGAUUACGAACUUGUGCUGAUCGUGUUUCGAAGUCACGCACGACAAACUUGGACCGAAUUUCGAAGACCACCAAGAAAUUGUUGGAAAGAAAAAGGUCUUUGAGUUUCGAUCCGAUUGCAUCGCACACUGAGCGGUUAGUAGCAAACACCAGCUGUAGAAAUGCGUUGCAUGAAGAUCUUCCGAAAUACAGGCAGAAAAUGAUUCUGGAAGCAACACAAAGAAGAACGAGUUUAAAGAAGUGCCGCAGCGAUCUCUGCGAAUAUAAUGUUCCGCUAGCAGCCUUGAUGAGCAAAGACGAGACUCGCACGUCUUCUCGUCGUGAGAUGGAAAUCAUUACGGAGAGGUUCUACUCGAACCUUUUCCGUUCAUCAACUCUUGUGUCAAACCCGAUCAUCUGCACUGGUGAAGCUCCACCACGGAUUCUUCCUUCGGAAGUACGAGUUGCUACCAAAAACAGGAAAUCUGGUACGGCUCCCGGGCCUGUUUUUAUAUCAGUAGACUCCUACCUUCAGAAAGAAAGGAUCACAAAGUGGUGGAAGACCUCGCGAACCGUUCUUAUCCAUAAGAAAGGUGACCGAGAGGACCUUCGGAACUACCGUCCGAUAUGCUUGCUGAGCGUGUUAUACAAAGUAUUCACAAAGAUCAUCCUCACGCGCAUAUCUAGGACGCUGGAUGAAGCGCAGCCUCAAGAACAAGCUGGAUUCCGUCAGGGGUUCAGUUGCAUAGACCACAUCCAGACCGUGUCGAGGGUCUGGAUUGCAGAGGUUAGCAGGGAAUACCGCCUCCCCUUGUUCUAA